GGUGGGAACACCGAAAACCAAACCAAAUAGAAAAUUGGUUCAGAAAACGGAAACAGAAAACACAUAACAGCCCUUGCAGAGACCCUCCUCCCCCGACUCAAUAGGGAGAACAGUCGCCAUGGCCAGCCAGUCCUUACCGUACCCGAUCCUCUGCGCUUCUUUCAAUCAAGAUAACAGUGGCUUUGCUAUAAGUACCAAAGAUGGUUUCAAAAUAUUUGAUUCCAAUACAGGCCGACUCUGUUAUGAGCGAGGUAUUGGAGCUUUUGUUAUUGUCGAAAUGCUCUAUAGCUCCAGUCUUCUUGCCAUUGUGGGAGCUGGCGAACAGCCAUCUUUAUCACCUCGUCGUCUCUGUUUGUUCAACACUACAACUGGAAGUGCUCUUCGUGACCUCAAUUUCUUAACUACAAUCCUUGCUGUUCGAUUAAACCAGAAAAGACUUGUCGUUGUUUUGGAAGAAAAGACGUACAUUUAUGACUCAAAUAGUCUUGCAAUAUUGGACACUAUUGAUACAGUUCCUAAUCUAAAAGGUCUAUGUGCAUUCUCGCCCAAUUUGGAUGGCUGCUUCUUGGCUCUUCCUGCAAGUUUGACCAAGGGAUCAGUUAUGGUAUACAAUGUCAUGGAGGUCCGCUUACAUUGUGAGAUUGAUGCUCAUCGUGCACCGUUGUCUGCCAUUGCUCUUUCUUCAAAUGGGAUGUACAUUGCAACAGCAUCUGAACAGGGAACCAUAAUCAGAGUUUAUCUGGUUUCAGAAGCAACAAAGUCAUGUAGUUUUCGACGGGGAACAUACCCAUCAACAAUAUUUUCAUUGUCAUUUGGACCAUCAAUUCAACUUCCCGAUAUUCUUGUGGCCACAAGUUCUUCAGGUUCUGUUCAUGCUUUUUCUCUGGGAUUUGCUAUUAGUCAGAGGUGCAGAAGGUCAACUAGUUUUCUUGGAUCAAUAUUACCCAGCUCUGUGAAUGAUGCCCUGGAUCCGGCUCAUCAUCAUGUGCUUCACAAUGCAGUUUCACCAGGAACUAAAAGCUGUGUGGUCGUUCGCAAGGUGGACAAGGUUGCUGACGCAUCAACUUCUGAAUUUGUCGCUUGUAGGGCAACCUUAUCCAUAUUAACCUACGAUGGGUACUUCCAGGAGUAUGUGUUGAGCAUCAACAAUCAAAAUGAGUCCUCUUGGAGUUUAGAGCGUGAAUUCAAUCUUUUGACAGUACUCUCAGAUAGUGCCAAAAGCUCAUGAUUGAAGAGGGGGGUUAAAUUACCCAUAAGCAGCUUGUUAACUUCUUUGACGGGGAAGAUCUCCGGAGUUUAGGGUUUAAAGCUUGAAGAUUUGCGCAGCCCCGCUUGUAAGUGAUGAACCUCAACACAUGAAAAGGUUCGAGGGUGCUUGCUGUAAGAUGACAGUGGACACUGCAGUUUGCUUUAUCAGCGGUGGGUGGGUGAUAUGAAUGCAGAAACAUCGAUUGCACCAGACAACAUUACCCAUCCGACGGUGAUAGAGCACGCAAUCAAUACAUACUGCAGACACCCCCCAUAAGAAGGUGAUGGUUUCUAGCACAUUUAACUUCAGAUAAAGUGUUAAGUCUCCCUUAGAAAUGUAUUCUUAGAAAUGUAUUCUAAUAAAUGUGAAACAGAGGAAAUUUUAAUUUUGCUUGGUACUUUUUGCUAGUUUAAAUUAUGGUUUUCAUGUAGAAAAGCUGCCUUAGAUAUCAAUGUUCCUAAGAUAAUCCGAGCUUCUGUGGAUUGAUGCAUCAGAAGCACUUACUGGCUUACUGCAGGUGU